CCUAAUUUUGACGGGAAGGGAAAGAGCGCGGUCGGGAUUGGAACUCCGAAAUUGGCCUGCCGCUCUUAUCUCUUACAAUUCCAUCUGUCUCUUCCCCCAAAACCCUUGCGCUGGCCGCUGCUUCUUCCCUCUCCUACCUGCCGUUCAUGAUCGAUAAUUGGCCAGGAAUCGUUGGAGGUGUCGGGGUUGCAGUGUGAGAUUGGAUUUCCUGACUGCGCACACUAUGGUGAGGGCAACGAAGCAGCGACUUCCGGAAGGUAGGGGCGGAGGAGGAGGGGAGAACGGGCAGGGCAACGAUGCCGGAGCCGCGUCGUCAAAUCGCCAAGGGACAGCGCAUCGUCGGGUUCUUCGAUCCCGGUAUCUGGCCGUGAAGAACAUGAUCAGCGAUAAGAGGGAAGAUAUCACGAAAGUUGAUUCCGACAAAUUCAACUCAAUUAUCACGGAGGUUGAGAGCUUGCACGAACUUGUUCAGAAGCCCAGGGAGCAAGUAGCAGAUGCAGAGGCUCUUUUAGACAUUGCCUGCACCCUGGUAACAUCAGUUAAAUCUCAAACAAAUGAAGGUGUGACCCCUUCAGAUUUUGUUACCACCCUCCUGAGGAACUUCGGUGAACAAAAUGGUGGAUCAGACUUGGGGAGUACUUUGAACAAUCUCCAUUGGUCAGAUGUUGGUCAUGCUGUCUCCCAUGUUUUCAGAAGUGCACCUGGAUAUCAUACAAUGAUCGGUCCCAUGAAUACUGAAUUGAAGCAGCGGAAGGUUGUUGCUCAGAGAAAACGAACAAGACCAACUGAAAGCACUCAUCCUGAAGAGCUUGCUGAUGCUGGAACUGAAGUGAAAACUGACACAGACAAGAAUAUGUCAACCAUGUUUGAUAUCUUAAGAAGAAAGAGAAGUGUGAAGUUGGAAAAUCUGGUUCUGAAUAGAGAAUCUUUUGCACAGACAGUAGAGAAUAUAUUCGCCCUAUCAUUUCUGGUAAAAGAUGGAAGAGCAGAAAUCAUAGUGAAUGAUAGCAGGCACCAUAUUGUCUCUCCAAGAAAUGCUCCUGUGGCCACCGCUGUGGCUUCGGGUGAUGUCUCAUACAGUCAUUUUGUUUUCAGAUUUGACUUCAAGGACUGGAAGUUGAUGAUAGAUAAUGUAGAUGUUGGAGAAGAGUUGAUGCCACACAGGAUACGUGCAAAUACAUCUGGCUCAGAGGUUGGUGGUGUUGAGUCAGCUGCGCCUGCAACACCUAUCCGAAAGCUGACUAGAAAUCGGGGAUUGGUGAUACAGGAAGAAUCUAUUGUUGAGGACUCUCCAGAAACUGAUACUGGUGUCCAAAAUGUCAAGAAAAAACGCCUCUUUGGUUAGAGAUAUAGAUGAUAGUAGAGCUAGAAUUUGGCUAGCUUAAUCUUGAGCGUCAGCCGCUAUUAUGUUCUGCAGCUGCAGUGCUGGAGGGCAUAUACUGUAGCAGUGUUGUAUUCUAUGUUUUAAGAUGUAACGGGUAAAUUAUCGUUGACUGGCGCCUCAUUCGUUGUUAUACUAACUCGUGGAAGGUAUUAAUAGAUCUUUUGCCAAUUUUGAGUGAUAA